ACUAUAGACUAUCUAUAGUUCUCCACCAAACCACGCAAAAUUCCUCAUCAUUCCAACAUAACUAAUACUUCCUACUUCCUAAAUCCUCUAGUAUAUGUAUAUUAUUAUUAGCAGACCACCCAUAAAAUAGAAAUCAUAAUCAAACUUUGAUUUUUGAAUCCUCUCCUACUUCAUUUCCCCUUCUUCUUUCUUUUAUUUUAUUAUCCAAAUUGCCCAAAUGGCUACAAUUACACCACAAUUUUACAAUAUCCGGAGCUACACACGUGUCAUUCUUCCAUUAGUUCUCUUUCUGGGCUGGGCUUCCUGGCCCAUUUACGCUUUCCAGACAUUCGGGUUUCAACUCCAUCACAGAUUCUCGGAUCCGGUCAACCGAAUUCUUGACGCCGGUCAGAACUUACCGGCCAAGGGAACAACCGGUUACUUUGCUGCCUUAGCUCACCGUGAUCUUGCCGUCCAUGGUCGCCGGCUAUCGUCCUCCUCCGGUGACUCUCAAACUCCACUCACUUUUUCUUCCGGCAACACUACUUAUCGAAUCAGCCUCUUCGGAUUCUUGCAUUAUGCAAAUGUAACGGUCGGCACGCCAGGAUUAUCGUUUUUGGUGGCUUUAGACACUGGAAGUGACCUGUUUUGGUUACCUUGUGACUGUAUUAAGUGUGUCAAGGGAGUCAAAUACAAUUCUGAUGAGUUAGACUUCAAUAUUUACAGCCUCAAUACAUCGUCCUCGGGGACAGAGGUUCCUUGCAACAGUCCUCUGUGUGCACAUAAAACAAGCUGUCCAGUUUCACCCAGCACGUGUCCCUACAAAGUCAUGUAUCUCUCUUCUAACACAUCAUCUUCUGGAUACUUAGUGGAGGAUGUCUUGCAUCUGACUGCAGAUAAUAAUCCUUCUAAGCCUGUAGUUGCGAAAAUCCCUUUUGGUUGUGGCAAGGUCGAGACUGGUUCCUUUCUAAGUGGUGGAGCUCCCAAUGGUUUACUAGGGCUUGGUCUGGAUAGUGUAUCGUUGCCUAGCAUGUUAGCUAGUCAGAACAUAGCUGCAAAUUCUUUUUCCAUGUGUUUUGGAGAUGAUGGGUUGGGUAGAAUCACCUUUGGAGAUAAAGGCAGCUCCGAUCAAAGUGAAACGUCAUUUAACCUCAGAAAGCUGAAUCCGCAUUACAAUGUUAGCAUAUCACGGAUAAACGUCGGAACAAAUGUCUCUCAUGUUGAUGAUUUUUAUGCAAUUUUCGACUCCGGCACUUCAUUCACAUACCUAAAUGACCCAGCUUAUUCACUAAUUGGUGAAAGAUUUGAUGCACAGGUAAAAGAUAGCAGACAUACAUCUGAUUCUGACAUUCCAUUUGAGUACUGUUAUGACUUAAGUUCAAGCCAAAGUGUUCCAAACACCCCCCCAAUCAAUCUCACAAUGGAAGGUGGAGAUCACUUCUAUGUUAAUGCUCCGAUAGUGCCAGUUACCACUACGGCUGGAGACAUGUACUGCUUGGGAAUUGUCAAAAGUGAAGACGUAAAUAUCAUUGGCCAGAACUUCAUGACCGGAUAUCGUGUAGUUUUUGAUCGUGAAAAAAUGGUGUUGGGCUGGAAGGCAUCAGAUUGUAACGAAGCGGUGGAAUCAAGCAUGCUGCCGAUCAGUCCUCAGAGUACCGGACAAGUUCCUCCUAUAUCAUCCAUUGAACCUCAAGCCGUACAGCAAAAUGGGUCUCAUAUUAGUGGGGCAUCAUCAGCUUUGAGACAUAAUUCAUCUCAUUUAAACUUGUGGACUUGCACAGUCAUUAUAUCUUUCCUUCACCUCUUAUCAAUUCUUUGGUAAAUUCCUUUGUUAUGGAGUUACCCAAUAGUCUUAGAUUAUUGAUUGGUUCACUGUUGAUGCAUUAUAUUUUGAAGGUAUAGAUUACCACAUAACUGAAUCUGAUCCAGUCUGUCACUCUGUAGCUUUAGUCUUAAUUAUAUGCUUAGGCUCUCUCUAUUAUUUUUCUCUGCGGCCGUCAUGACCCGGAAUUGUAAAUAUAUUUAGCUACAGAAAUUGCAUUGUAUUGCAUUGUAUUGUAUUGUAUUGUAUAUCAUCAUAUAUUAUGUUUA